AUGGUUACUUUAGCAUCGCACAUUUCUGACUACUUCGAACAGUUCAAUAGUUCACUAACGAAUGACUUCAAUUCCAACACGAAUGGUUUAUCAACAGAUAACAACCUUCGAACAUAUUAUGUAUUUGAUUUUGAACGAUAUAGUGAUAAAAUAGGAACAUUAAGUGAUCUUCGAACAUUCAUGAUUCAACGUUGGCAUAAUAGUUUCUUCUAUGCUAUCGCAUAUUUACUAUUAAUCUAUGCUGGUCAAAUGUAUAUGAAGAACAAACCACGAUUUGAAUUACGGUUAUGGCUAGCAGCGUGGAGUAGUUUACUGGCGAUAUUUUCAAUCUUUGGCGCACUUCGAGUUCUACCCGAAUUGAUAUUUGUCAUCUAUCGCCAAGGAAUCAAAGAUUCGAUCUGUAACAAUUCGAAUGCGUUCGGUGUCGUCGGAUUUUGGACAUGGGCAUUUUGCUUUUCCAAACUACCGGAAUUGAUCGACACUGUGUUUAUUGUUCUUCGCAAACAACCAUUGAUUUUUCUUCAUUGGUAUCAUCAUGCAUCCGUUUUAGUCUACUGUUGGUUCAGUUAUCAAGAUUAUAGUUCGACCGGAAGAUGGUUCUGUGGAUUAAACUAUGUUGUUCAUGGUGUUAUGUACUCGUACUACGCUUUUCGUGCCCUUCGUUUCCGUAUUCCACGUUGGAUAUCAAUGAUAAUCACAAUGCUUCAAUUAACUCAAAUGGUGGUCGGAUGUUGGAUCAACUUAAAAGCUUGGCAAUACAAAAAGAACGGCGAAAUUUGUCAAGUGACCGACGAAAAUCUCAAGAACGUUCGAUUGUUUAAAAAUGAAAUGAACUUGACGAUUGCAUCGAAAACUACACAUGAAGUAACAGCAAUUCUCAAUGAACUUGUGCAAGAUUAUCAAGCACACAUUCGACCGAGAUUCGGCGAUGGCCCGACGAGAGUCUAUGCUGACAUUCUAGUCAACUCAUUUGGUCCGAUUCAAGAGAUAGACAUGUCAUAUACAAUUAAUUGUUAUUUCCGACAACGAUGGAGAGAUGAGCGUUUACAAUUUGCUGAGCAUGUCGGUGUUCUUUCAUUGUCCACCCGUAUGCUUGAACGUCUUUGGAAACCAGAUACAGUUUUCUACAAUUCCAAACAUUCGUUUCUGCAUUCAAUUCCAACUAGUAAUCGGCUGUGGCGAUUGUUUCCUGAUGGAACAAUUUGGUACUCAUCACGAAUAACUGUCAAAGCAAAGUGUAGUAUGAAUUUGAAGAAUUUUCCUGUUGAUACACAAAUUUGUCAGUUAUUCAUUGGUAGUUUUGCAAAUUCCGCAUCGGAUAUUCACUACAGCUGGCGCUUAGGCAAUAACAAAAGUGUCAAUUUUGAUGGAGAAGUUUUGUUAUCUCAGUUCGAUCUCAUCCAGUAUCCGCAAUAUAAUGAAAUAAUUUCUAUAGAUGGACGAAAUUUUUCUGUUCUUCGCGUUGAUUUCGUUCUCAAACGUCAUAUGGGUUAUUACAUUAUCCAAGUGUACAUUCCCAGUUCCAUGCUAGUCAUGCUAUCUUGGGUUUCAUUUUUCAUUCAUCGUGAAGCCACGGCUGAUCGUGUCAACAUCGCUGCUAUGAGUGUUCUGAGUUUAACUACAUUGAGUUUUGAUAUUCGAAAUCAUACAGCGACUGUGUCAUAUCUAACAGCAUUGGAUUGGUUCGUCAUUAUGUCUCAUGUCUUUCUUUUUGCGUCAUUGAUUCAAUUCGCUUUUGUCCAUUAUUUUACCAAGUUUGGAUACGGUGAACCAUUGAUACGUUUGCAAGAUUCAUUCGAUAACGAAAUUCUCACGAAUGAUAGCAUGUUGAAUGCUCGAUCUUCAAUAAUCUAUUCCGAUGUGGCAAAUAUUCAUGGAAAAUCGAAGACACUGUUCUUGAGUAGUAGCCAUCGUUACUUCUAUCGAUUUUGGUUUUGUUUAUCAGGUAACACAGACUAUAAACGUUCCAUACGUAAACGUACAUCCCGUUUCGGCGUCAACAGUCGAAGUGAUUUAGAUGUCUAUGCUCGUAUUGGAUUCAUUCAAACACCAAGAUAUAAACGCUUAAUCAAACUUAUCAAUGAUUGUCAUCCCAACAUCCAAUGGUCAAAUGUGGAGAAAACUAUCAUUUAUCUAAGAAAUCAAACUGAACCGUAUCAACGACAAUAUUCACCUAGACACAUUGGUAUAUAUUGGGAAUUUAAAGUACCGAUGGAGCUCAGUGUACUGGCCUGGGCGCGUGAUCAAAUCAUUAAAAAUCGCCCAGAAGGUUUUCUACCAAGCGAACUGAAAAUAUAUUGGAAUUAUCAUCAAAUUGAAUCACUUACAACUUGUAAGUUUUACAAUACCAUAUCAGAUACUCAUGCAAGACAUACUCUACUAACUUGGCCGGUAAACAAGCGGAAAAAUCAGGGCACAAUUGAUUAUAUCACAACGUUAAUUCACCAUGCCCUAAUUGACGUACCAAAAGGAAAACAAGCAAUUGUCUUGGACUUUGCUGAUGAACGUAUACCCGGUGGAGAUUUUCUUGAAGGUGUCUACAUGCAAGAACAACAUAUUCUUUACCAUUCUACUGGAUAUCGUGCACUACUAGAUUUGAAAUAUAGGAUGAUGGGUGGCGGUUACUUCAUACCAGAAUUUGGUGUGCUUUAUGUAAAGAAUGUACAGUUUUUUCGUGCAUCCGGUUUGUUAACACGCUGCGCAGAUUUAAUUGUGGCUGCGUGCUAUGAUUUAACAGGUGAUAGAGGACUCUACAGGCUGCCUUCACCACGUGACGAAGCGGACAUACGGUCACGUACUUUGAGAAAAUUUCGAGCGAUAAUUGCAUCAGCAGUUGCUAAUAGCGAAAAAGAUGGCAGUGAUACAUAUUUACUAUUGGGACCAAUUGGAACAGGUGCGUUUAAUAAUUCUAUGGAAAUGAUUGCAAGUUUAUUCGCGGAAGUGUUAAAUAAUUCACUGAUGAAUUCAGAUGGGCCUAUACGAUACGCAUUUGAUAAGAUUUGGUUUGUAUCUUAUGGCGAUCUCGACGUUUUUAAAAAUACAUUCGAAGGCUACUAA